AUGGGCGCGGGGUCGAUCGCGCGCGCGAUCGCGCGCGCGGUGGACGCGGGCGAGACGACGACGGGGCGCCGGGGCGCGGGCGCGCGGGCGCGCGCGCGGGCGAUGCGCGCGCGUGAGGGCGUCGUGAGCGCGCUCGCGGCGUGCGUGCUGACGACGACGCACGUCGCGCCCGCGCGCGCGUUCUCGGGAGAGAUCGCGCUGGAUCGGGUGACGUACGAAGAGGUGACGUGCCCGGUGAAUCAGUACGUGCCGAACGCGCGGACGAAGUGCGUGAUGUUCACCGCGCGGGCGAAGAACGAGACGAAGGGCGGGCGGAUGAUCGAGAGCGCGAACGUGUUCGGGUUCAUCGAGGAUGCGGACCGAGAGAGCGCGGCGACGGUGAAUCCCGAUGGAAGCUCGAGGACGGUUUUGAGCGCGAUCGAUGCGCCGAUCCCGCGGGGGGAGAGCGAGGUGAAAUUCGUCGUGACGGUUUUUCCCGAGGCGUUGGCGAAAGGGCCGCUCACGCUGAAGGGAUUCAAAGCGGUGGGUUCGGUGGCGGACAUAGAUAAGCGGUUCAAACCGUUCGAUGCGUGUGAGGUUGAUCCGGAUUCGUGCCUGUGA